AGAGUAAGAAAUGUGUGUUCUCAUGUAAAGAAAAGGAAGAGACUGAAGCUAAAACAGGGAGGUGUGAUAAUAAUGCUGUGGUCAGUGCACUACUCAUCUUCCGUGUCUUUACUGUUAGUGUCAAAAAGCAGCUCAUAACCGCUUACAAGUGCAGUACGAGUGAAGGAGCAACAGGCUGAUUAAAGCAGUUAAUAUUCAGUAAACUUAUUCAUUCAAACUGAUUUUUUUCCUCAUGGAUAUUUUUGGCCAGAAUGCAACAUUUGGUGGAUCUUCAAGUCUCAGCUGUCUGAAAGUUGACGCCACUGUGUUUUAUCGAAUGUGGAGAAAUAUUACAGUCGGAGCAAUCCUCAUGUUCCUGACAGUUCAACCCAGUGUAGCUCCUUCCUCUCAGAGUCUCUGUCUUCAAGAGCUGAAGGUUACAGUAACAGACUCGGUCAUCUCCACCGCCAAGUGGCUGAGCUGUUUCACCACCUGCACUCUGUCUAACAACCCCACUUACAUCUGGUACAAGAACGGAGAGCCUCUUCCUCAGCAGGCCCAGAGUGAUCAGUAUUAUUAUGUCUAUAAAGAGAAAGCAGGCAGCUACUCCUGCGCUGUAAGAGGACAUGAGGAUCUUCGCUCUCCUGCUGUCUGUGUUUCUGAUGAGAAGAGCUGCUGGAGUGUGACUUACUCCACCCAGAAUAUCUGCUCUCUGAUUGGCUCAUCAGUGGAGAUACAUAGUUAUUACACAUACCCUAAUAAUUACAAGGUCACUAAAGUGUUGUGGUUCAGUAAAGAGCAGGCUGAUGGUGAGGCUGUGGAUGUGAGAGAGGAUGAGGAGUAUCAGGGCCGAGUGCAGCACACACAGAGCUCCCAGAAUAACUGGAGUCUGAGAAUCACUAACCUGAGAGAGAGAGACGCUCAAACAUACAGAUUCAGAUUCUACACCACUGGGGGUGAUUACACCGGCCAACCUGGAGUCUCUCUGUCUGUCACAGAUCUCAAGGUUAUAGUAUCAGACUUGUACAGCACGAACAAGAAGCUGAGCUGCAGCACCACCUGCACUCUGUCUAAUAACCCCACUUACAUCUGGUACAAGAACGGACAGCGUGUUACUAACCAGGACAGAAAAGAACUGUAUCUGUAUCGCAGUAGAGGGGAUGCAGGCAGCUACUCCUGCGCUGUAAGAGGACAUGAGGAUCUUCGCUCUCCUGCUGUCUGUGUUUUCAGUAUUAAUGGGAAGAGCUGCUGGAGUGUGACUUAUUCCUCACAGACUGUCUGUGCCCUGAUUGGCUCAUCAGUGGACAUACAUAGUUAUUACACAUACCCUAAUAAUUACAAGGUCACUAAAGUGUUGUGGUUCAGUAAAAAGCAGGCUGAUGGUGAGGCUGUGGAUGUGAGAGAGGAUGAGGAGUAUCAGGGCCGAGUGCAGCACACACAGAGCUCCCAGAAUAACUGUAGUCUGAGAAUCACUAACCUGAGAGAGAGAGACGCUCAAACAUACAGAUUCAGAUUCUACACUGAUGAUCCUACAGAUAAAUACACUGGAACACCAGGAGUCUCUCUGUUUGUCACAGAUCUGAAGGUUACAGUAUCAGACAGGAGUGACCAGAACAUAAAGCUGAACUGUAUCACCACCUGCACUCUGUCUCACAACCCCACUUACAUCUGGUACAAGAACGGAGAGCGUGUUACUAACCAGGACAGAAAAGAACUGUAUCUGUAUCGCAGUAGAGGGGAUGCAGGCAGCUACUCCUGCGCUGUAAGAGGACAUGAGGAUCUUCGCUCUCCUGCUGUCUGUGUUUUCAGUAUUAGUGGGAAGAGCUGCUGGAGUGUGACUUAUUCCUCGCAGACUAUCUGUGCCCUGAUUGGCUCAUCAGUGGACAUCCAUAGUUAUUACACAUACCCUAAUAAUUACAAGGUCACUAAAGUGUUGUGGUUCAGUAAAGGGCAGGCUGAUGGUGAGGCUGUGGAUGUGAGAGAGGAUGAGGAGUAUCAGGGCCGAGUGCAGCACACACAGAGCUCCCAGAAUAACUGGAGUCUGAGAAUCACUAACCUGACAGAGAGAGACGCUCAAACAUACAGAUUCAGAUUCUACACUCAUGAUCCUACAGAUAAAUACACUGGAACACCAGGAGUCUCUCUGUUUGUCACAGAUCUGAAGGUUACAGUAUCAGACGGGAGUGACCAGGACAUAAAGCUAAACUGUCUCUCCACCUGCACUCUGUCUCACAACCCCACUUACAUCUGGUACAAGAACAGACGGCGUGUGUCUGAGUGUAAAUCUGCCUCCUGCUCUGUAGCUGCAGUCAGUGGUGCGGUCAGUUACAGCUGUGCUGUUGAAGGCCAUGACAGUCUCCUCUCUCCUCCAGUGUAUUCCCCUAAAAACACCAGAGCAGUGGUUCUUCCCUCUGGAGACACAGUGGAGGGGGAUUCAGUGACUCUGAGCUGUAGCAGUGAUGCAAACCCUCCUGCUCUCAACUACUCCUGGUUUAAGCAAAAUGAAACUGCAGACACACUGCUGACAACAGGCCAGAAUUACAGCAUCAGCAACAUCAGCUCCCAGGACAGCGGACUGUACUACUGCACUGCUCACAACCAGCUGGGACACGGCAACUCUACACCAACACACCUGGAUGUGUUACCAAACAGCACGUCGUUAAAGUUUAUCAUGGUGGGACUGGCUGUCUUCUUGGCAGUAACGCUCCUCUCAGCAGCUCUGUGGAUGUGGAAGAGGAAGUCGAGAUCAGCUGAUGGCCACAGCAGCACUGGUGAGAGUGGACAGCGUCACUCUGCCUCAGAUCGCAGUGGAAGAGUCAUCUCAGAUCAGGAUAAUCUUAACUAUGCCAGUGUUCAUUUUAAAAAGUCCAACACACAGGAACGGUCUCUGUCACCCAGACUUCCUCCAGUCACCACAGAAGAAGAUGAUGUUCAGUACGCUGCCGUGAACAUUAGCAGGAGCACUGCUGCCAUGCGGCUUGUGGCAGAUGCAGCGGCUGAUGAUCCAUCUCAGAUCUACAGCAACAUCCAGAAAGUCCCCACUUCAGCACUGUAGGCCAUCAUGAGUUCUGUGUCCUGGGAUCUGAAAGCUAAAGAGGGAGCACUGGGAAGGUUGAGAGAGAUGUGAUAGUUCUAUUCUGUAUCUCUCUUUUCACAUGGUUUCCAAAUCCAACAGGAGAUGAGGGACGACUUGAACAUUUUAU